CUGGAAGCACUGAGCGUUUCUCAUUCACACAGAACUCCAGCAGACGCAGAACAUUUCCUGGCUCGAGACUCCUGCAGUUCAGAGUUAAUACUCCGUGAUGAACAGAUCGGUGAUGGAGUUGAACUUGUCACUGAUGGAUUCAGAGUUUGACAUGGAUAACUGCACUUACCAAGCAGCGUGGGAUUGGAUCUCAUCAUUCCAGCCUUUAUGGCUAUCGAUAAUUAGCAUCUUCGGGCUGGUGGGAAAUGGUUUAGUCCUGUUGGUGUUCUACAUGCAGAGGAACCCGUGCUCCGUUGCUGACGUGUACUUGGGGAACCUGGCAUUGGCCAACCUGGUCAUGGUUCUGUGUCUUCCCUUUUGGGCCGUGACCAUUGCUCAGGAUUAUGCGUGGAGCUUCGGAUACACGCUCUGUAAGCUAAUCAACACGGCUAUCUCCAUGAACUAUUUCUGCAGCAUCCUCUUCCUGGUUCUGGUUAGCGUGGAUCGCUAUUUGGCGCUUGCCAGAACGAUGAGUCGAAGCAGACUGAGGCGCUCAUCCUGGGCCAAGUGGAUUUGUUUGGGAAUUUGGAUUAUCGGAUUCCUGGCUAGCAUUCCAACAUUACUCUUCCGUGGCGUACGCUACUUUCCAGACCUAGGCAUCUAUGCUUGCUUCUUGAGCUACCCUCAUCCAGGCUGGAGGGUCCAGAGAAACCUGAGCAUCAAUGUGUUUGGAUUUGCGAUACCGUUACCGAUCAUCGUGUUCUGCACUUAUCACAUCGUUAAAGCUCUUAAAGACAGUGAUAUCAGGUUCGUCCCUGGAGUCCGGACAGAAAAACGAGCCACUCAUCUGGUGCUAACGGUUCUGGCUGUGUUUCUGUUCUGCUGGACGCCGCACCAGGUCGUACGUCUGCUGGAUACACUGGAAUAUUAUCAGAUCACGCCCGGAGGAUGUUUAUUUGAGCAUGUCUUAGACAUUAGCGAGCAGUGUUCCACCUACCUGGCGUAUGCUGACAGCGCGAUUAACCCGUUCUUGUACGUGGUCGUCGGGAAACACUUCAGGAAACGAGCUAAAGGUGUGUUUAAACAGUUUAUCACUCCCGGAUGGAAGGACGGCACUCCUAACAGCACACUAGCGAGCAGGUGCAGCGAAAGCCGUAAAGACUCGAUUUUAAUCGAUAAAAGAGUCAUAGCAUCUGUACACAUCUUAUCAACACAACUUACACAUGUAAACACACUGCCGGGACUGUGAACGUUUUCCCCAGUAUUAUUUCUGAAGGAUUGAUGGUUUAUGGGCAUUUUUCUUACUACAACUCCACUAAGGGAAUUGUGUUCAGCUAAAACGAUGCAAUCUUUGAGAAGCUAAUGCUAAAAACUUUUUAGAUAAUGCUAAUUGUUACAAUGUACAGUGUACAAAAACGGACUGUUUUCAAUUACGUACAAACCAGAAAUCCAGUGUGUGGAACAUGUGAGUUAUGUUUUUUACCUUGGAUUAGCUAUAUUUGUUGGAUUAGCUUUAUCAAGCUGGAGAUGAACAGAUUUAUGUAUAAAUCGUUUGUAUGAGUGUUUACACAGGACAUUUUCUUUUAAUUAAAAUCUCAUAAAUUUAGAAAAAAGCGUUCGUAACCUACUCGUGCUCCCAAGUGUGUGUACAUGUAUGCAUAAGAACACUGACUAAUGUAAACCUCGACUUGAUCGACUUUGGAGUCUCCACCAAAAACAGGUUAAUCAGGUGAUUAACAUACACAUGAGAGUGGGAUGAAAAGCAGCAUUUCUAAAACUAAUGUAAAUCCAAUGGAAAGUUUUUGCUAAGUUUGGUUUACGCAAACAUUUAUAUACAAAUUGACUAAACAAUUGAUAAAUGAGGCCCAAAGUUGCUUUAGAUUUUGCCAAUUUUGUUCUCACAUCAAUGCCAGAACAUUCAGAAAUGAUUUAGUUAAUCAUUACUAUAACUCAGCAUUAGCAUACAUCAUUAGCUAACUAAUAACUUACAGCAUGCUGUUUAUUUAACUCAGGACCAAGAAUAUCUUCCCCACAUCUGGUGAGUGUAUGAUACCUGAAGACACAUCUGAUCCGUGUGGCUGAAUGGGUUAGCCACACAGGUUAGCCUAUAUUAGCUUUUAUUACCAUUCAUUAGCUCCUGUUAGCCGGUACGUGACUGUCCUUGCCCUGUAACUCUGGAUAGCAAAACUAUUCAGCUAACUGCCAGGAAAAGAAAAUAAAUAUAUGAAUGACGGAAUAGUGACAAAUUAAAAAGAAAUUGAGGAAGCCGGAGAAACAAACAAACAAAUAAAUAAAAAUAGUGACAAUAAUAAAUAUAUAUAUAUAGACUGCAAAAAAAUCUUUAAACAUCUAGAAAUAGAUAGAAGACGCGGGGGAAAGCAAACAAAUGAAUGACUAAAUAGUCACAGCUUUUUAAAAUCAUGACGAAUUUCUUUGGGGGGAAAGUGUAAACAAACAGCAAGCAAACAAAUAAAUAAAUACAACGUAAGUAAAAAUAUGAAAACUUUUACGAAAUUCUUUAAAUGUACAAAAAUGCAAGAAAAAAGCUAGUCGUAAUAAAUAAACAAAUACAUAAAUAUGCACAUAAAUAAAUAGUGACUUUUUGGAUAAUUUAUGAAUAUUUAUUAAACAAUAAUAUUUUAAAAACAUUUACCAAAACAAAGCAAUCAAUAAAUAGAAAAUAAUCAAUAAUGUUUUAAAAUAUUUUACACAUAACUUGUGUAUAAUUGGUGUGUCUCUUCUUUUUUGCAUGAACACCAAUGUCUUUGUGGAGGUUCUCUGCUAUUUUCUAAAGCAUUUUGUCGUUGCCUUUGACUAACGUCUUUUAAAAAUAAGUCGGGACCAGGAUACAGAUUUAAAUAUGGAAUUGCCCCAGGAAAAAAACGGGAUAUCUGGCCGUGCUGAAUCAUAUCAGUAUCAUAUCCAUAAAUAUUACGUUUAUUUCUAAAACUUAAACUCUUCUGCACAACAGAAUUGCGUCCACCCUUGCGUUAGGAGAUUGUGAGUUUGAAUUCCCAUGAUGCCACAGUCAUCCGUGGCAGGAAGUCCAGCAAAAUUGUCCAUUCUUUCUGGGAGGGAGGGGCAUACUCACUCUCACCUGUCAAUCACAGUGACACUAGCCCAUUGCAGGCAUCUGUGAUUGGGCGAUAGUUUGAAAGAAAACUUUACAUUUUUAUCAUUUUUAUAUGUUUAAUGGUUUAGCUAGCAAAAAAGUUUGCAAGCUAAAAUUAGCAAAUUCUUGUCUUCUUACAUCACACUGAUUUUCAGUGAUUUAUAUUUAUAUAUAAACAGGUAACAGGUAACAGGUAGUGAAGUGUUUGAUGUGUUUAUUUAUUGAGUCUGUAAAUAAUAAUUUGUAAUAAUUUAUCAUUGUUGCUGCAAUUAAGACUGAAUCACAGUGUUGUGUAAGUGUGGAAUGAGACAUAAAGUGUAUAGUAGUAAUAAAAAAAGUUUGAAAGAGCUAUUACACUGAUGUUUUACUGAUUCUGUUCCAUGCUAAUAGUUUAGCUACUGCUAAUACAUGAUGUUGAACUCUGGAUUUAGCUAAUAGAGAAAAAUAUGUAUUAGUGAUGUGAGUACCAAACCAGAAGUAGAUCAUUUAAGGUAUAAUUAGCUUUAUGAAACUGUUAUUAGCAUGUGCAUGGCUAAUCUGGUCCAGGUCAGACAGG